GAUGAUGCUUGAUAUCUUGAACUCCGCUUUCCAGGUCUCGAGGCCUCGGAUAGCCGCGUCUAGUCUCGAUAAGUCAACGAACGGCUGCCAACCACAUCGCAAACGACUCGUGGUCGACAAACUGUGCCAAUACAACAUCACCAACACAUUAGUGUAGUAUUGGUCAAAGAGCAGGGCAGAAAAGGAGGUAUCGAUAAGGACGCAAUAUGUCGGAUAUGGAAGCAGCCUUGAAUGCCGCACGAACUCGACAAAUAGGUGGUGACAAUCUAGGAUCAAGUCUCAAUCCGACGCCAGACUCUGGGUCAAGAUACGACAAGCCCAUCGUUGCUGCACAAGAAGACGGCCUACCAAUCAUUGACAUCUCUGCAUUUUUGGACCCGUCAUCGUCACAGGAAGCACGUCAGACCACGGCCAAAGCCAUCAAUGCUGCCUGCGUGAACUACGGAUUUUUCUACCUCACCGGACAUGGCAUACCAGUAUCCAAGCUUGAUGAGAUUGUUUCCUUAGCGCGAGACUUUUUUUCACUUCAAUUGGAGGAAAAGAACAAGAUCAAGCGCUUUGAUGCUGGUGGCCCUGAAGGCGGCGAUGGGGCCCGGGGAUAUCAAGGGCUCGGCGAGAACGUCACAGGCGGCCUGCAAGACAUGCAAGAAGCGAUCGACUGGUACCGGGAUUGGGACGAAGACAAGAAAGAGGCGGGAGAUGGCGGACCCUGCUCAGUGAAGACGCUACAGGGCUCGAAUCUGUGGCCCGAGAAACCGGCAGAGCUCAAAGAGGUGUACUUGGACUACAUCGAGCGGGUGAAGAAAGUUGGAGAAGCCCUCGUUCAUGCCAUGGGUGUAGCCUUGGACCUCGGACCUCCCGCCCGCACCACAGAACAAAACACAGAGGACGAGGAAGUCUUUGUUCGCAACUGCGACACCUCUUUCUGGGUAAUGCGCAUGAUCGGCUACCCACCCCUGACAAAUCCCCACACCCCUGGAACAGGCAUCGAUCAGUUUUCAUGCGGUGCUCAUACGGACUAUGGCUGCGUGACCCUCCUAUUAACCGACCCCACGCCCGGCGCUCUACAAGUCCAACUCAAAGACGGCACAUGGCUGAACGCAGACCCCAUUCCUGGUGCCUUUGUAGUAAACAUCGGGGACAUGAUCGAGCGGUGGACGAACGGGCUGUGGAAGAGUACUAUGCACCGCGUCAUUCAUAGGGGGAACAAGUCCCGGAUCUCGGUGCCGUUCUUUUACGAGCCAAAUUUCGAUGCUGUCGUCAAGCCAUUGAAGAAGUGUGUGGAAGAGACGAGUGGGAAGCCUAUUCAUGAGGGGAGCACGUAUGGUGAUCAUUUGCUCACGAAGGUGUUUAGCAAUUUCUAUUAUAGUAAGCGGACGGAUUGGUGAGGAUGUACGCGCAUUAGAUAUGGGGGGAAUGGGUUGUAGCACUUGAAGAAUUGUCUCGGGGAUCAAGAUAGUGGAUCUUUGUACGUGAGCUAAUCUUGUUCGAAGACAGUUUGAGACUACCAUUUCCCAUUCAUUUUGAGCUUCUACGAGAACUAAUAUACCGUAUAGAUAGUUCAGUAA